CUCCUUUUGUGGAGUGUUCUUUCUGUAGUUGUUGCCUGCACUACACAGCUGAUGCACUGCCGGUUCUGCCUCUGCCUGCCUCGCCAGAGAGAGAGAGAGAGAGAGAGAGAGAGAGAGAGAGAGAGAGAGAGAGAGAGAGAUCAGCUCGUGGCGAUCUUCCUGGGAAGCGCCAACCGAAAAGUUGGUGUGAGAAUUGAUGUAUUCUCCUCCGGAAACACUUUUAAUCACCUAGGUAGAUACACCCAUUUGUUGUAUGUCAACUAAAUGUGUAUGAAAAAAAUUCAAAAAAAUUUGACAAGAUAGAUUCAUAUGUAAUAUAUCACCCCACAAAUAUGCAAGUUCAAAUUCAACUUCUAUAAGUUGUAACAAAAAUAACAAAUCAAACUCUGAUUAGUGUUUAGAAUCCACCUUCAUUCUCCUCCUUGGUCUGUACCAGAUGGAGAUAGAAAAUCAGUAGCCGCGCGCAGCAGCUGGGCCGGGAAGGCAGGCAGGGAGGAUUAGGCGAUUAGCAGCUAGUAGGAGUAGCUUUUAACAGGGACAAGCUUCCUAUAGCUCCCCUCUCUUUUCUCUUUGUUCUCCCUCUCGUCGAUCAGGCCGCUUUGUUCCCUCCUCUCCUCCUUUCUCUCUCCCUCCUCCCGCGCGCGGGGUCUCGCCUUAACGUUUGCCGCAUAUGGGGGCGACGAGCAAAGCGUAGGCCGGAGGGAGGGACAGGGAGAGAGAGAGAGAGAGGCUUUCUGGCUCGCUCUCUCUGCACGAUCUCUCGUCUUGUUGGAUUAUACAGCCAUGACAUGGUGCAACAGCUUCAACGACGUGCGCGCCGUGGAGAACAACCUGGCCACCGCCGCCGCCGUGGCCGCGGCCAAGAAGCAGCAGCAGCAGCAGCAGGUCUCCCAGCACGUCAACCUCAUCAAGACCUGCCCCUCCUGCGGCCACCGCGCGCAGUAUGAGCAGAGUCAGUUGCAGGCAGCGGCGGCGGCGACGAUCCAGGACCUGCCGGGGCUGCCGGCCGGGGUGAAGUUCGACCCGACGGACCAGGAGCUGCUGGAGCACCUGGAAGGGAAGGCGAGGCCUGACGCGCGGAAGCUCCACCCCCUCAUCGACGAGUUCAUCCCCACCAUCGAGGGCGAGAACGGCAUCUGCUACACCCAUCCCGAGAGGCUUCCAGGAGUCGGCAAGGACGGCCUGAUCCGGCACUUCUUCCACCGCCCGUCGAAGGCGUACACGACGGGGACGCGGAAGCGGCGGAAGGUGCACACCGACGAGCAGGGCGGCGAGACGCGGUGGCACAAGACCGGCAAGACGCGGCCGGUGUUCACCGGCGGCAAGCUGAAGGGGUACAAGAAGAUCCUGGUGCUCUACACCAACUACGGCAAGCAGCGCAAGCCGGAGAAGACCAACUGGGUGAUGCACCAGUACCACCUGGGCUCCGACGAGGAGGAGAAGGACGGCGAGCUCGUCGUGUCCAAGGUGUUCUACCAGACGCAGCCGAGGCAGUGCGGCGGCGGCUCGGCAGCGACGGCCAAGGACCUCUCCGUCGACCUCGUCGCCGGUAACAACAUCAAGGCUAGCAAUGCUGCUGCUGAACACCACCAUAACGACGGCGUCGGCGGCGGCGGCCACGGUGGCAACAACAGCAGCAUGCUGAAGGAAGCUGCAGGCAUUGUAGAUUUCUACAACCCAGCGGCGGCGCUAAUCGGCUACAGCCAGGCGGCUCCUAACAACAGGGCGGCUGCUUCUGCUCAUUUGACGAUGCCUAACUUUGAGGUGCACACAGGAGGUGCAGGCUUUGGCCCCUGAUGGAUGGAAGAAAACAAAGCAAAUUAAACAUAUUUGACUGAUGAUAUAUAUAGGUUAGAUGGAGAGGGCAGGGCAGGUAUAUGAUGGCAAAUGUGCAUCAUGCAUGCUAGCAUGGUGUAAUUUGCAUCGAGUGAAAAAAAAGGAGUUUACUAAACCGUCUACGUACGUAUUACUGGACAAUAAGGAGUGUGUCGAGUGAGUUGCUGCACAGAUGUUGAAGCGUAGGGGGGUCGAUAUUCUUACAGUGUUCAUUAUUGUUACAUGUGUACACAUAUAUAACUUGACAUUCUCAA